AUGGUUGUGCACAUCCAGCCGUACAACAAGCAUGCCAGACCAAAUUCCAAAGCUGAUAGACUGCGUGAGCGAGUUAUUGGCCAAGAUGAAGCCAUCAACUCAGUUGCGCAAGCCGUGUUACGUUCCAGAGUCGGCCUUGAUCAAUCUGGCCAACCCAUAGGUUCUUUUCUAUUUUUGGGUUCGACUGGUGUUGGAAAGACAGUGCUUGCAAAAGCCCUUGCCGAGCAACUAUUUGACAGUGAAAAGAUGUUGGUUCGCUUUGAUAUGUCCGAAUAUGUUGAGGCCCAUUCUGUGUCGCGUCUCAUUGGAGCACCGCCAAGUUACGUUGGGCACGAAAAUGGUGGGCAACUGACUGAGAAAGUGAGGAAACAUCCAUAUAGUGUCAUCCUUUUGGAUGAGGUGGAGAAGGCACACCCUUCGGUGUUUAAUGUUUUCCACCAGGUCCUUGAUGAUGGCAUGUUGACCGAUGGCUUAGGCCGGACAGUAGAUUUCAAGAACACCAUCAUUAUCAUGACCUCAAAUCUGGGAGCCGGGCACCUAUCAACAGGAAUGGCAAACAAAAAGGAAACGAAAGGCCUUCUCAUGAAACAGGUUGAGAAAUAUUUCAAGCCCGAAUUCCUCAACAGAUUAAGUGAGAUUGUGAUAUUCGAGCCCCUUCUGCAAGAGAAGUUGAAGGAGAUCGUGAAAAUUCAAAUAAAAAAAGUCGUUGCUGGUGUCGCUUGUAAGGGUAUCUCUUUAUCUGCAACUGAUGUCGCACUAGAUGUCAUCCUAGCGGAAUCAUACAAUCCAAUGUACGGCGCUAGGCCAAUAAGAAGAUGGGUGCAAAAGAAUGUGAUCACCAAGCUCUCGGAGCUCCUAGUCUAUGAAGAAGCUGGUGAAGGCUCAGCGAUCCAUAUUGAUGCUAUGGGCGACAAGGGUCUGAAGUAUGAAGUGGUGAAGAAGGCGACGGUGGACCCGCAAGAAGAUAAAGAUGUAAACCAUAGGCGGUGGCUAAAGAGACAAAGGGGUUUGCUUAGCAGUGGCAUGAAGCCGAAUAGGCUGUCUAAGAAAAGAGCUCAAGAAAAGAGCUAA